AGACUUAUUUGCUAUCAACUGGGAAAUAUUUUCAGUAAUACACUUGAGCUCAGCGUACAUCAUGAUUCGAAUUUUGGUUUUAAUGAUUACAUUCGCUUUAAUGACUGGUAGUGCUCUUUGUUCCAUCGAGCAACUUCUACGUAUCUUUGGCGGUGGAUCUGGAGGCAGUUCUACGCUAGAUAUCAACAGAGUGGUAACUGUAGUUCCACCCAUUGGCGAUCUCUCUUUUGGAUAUGGCUUUCGUCCUGGAUUCUAUUAAUUUAAUCCGCAACUAUAUUAUUUGUUUUGUGUUGAGGGCAGCUGGUUUCAUGUAAAGCGUAUUCGCUUUAUAAUAAUUAAAUAUACUAUUUAUCCAAUGCUACAAAUACAAUCAAUUUUGUCACAUUAAAA